AUGGCCACCACGUCGAAGUUGUCGUUUCGAGCCAGAAAUCUCGAUGCCAACAAAGGAAUGUGUGUGUUCUUCGCCGCGGAACUCCCGGAUCUGUCCGAAUGUGCUCCAAUCGCCCGGGCAGUAGCUCAGAUGCCGACCGGCAUGGAGAAGGAAGAGGAGAUGGAGUCUCACCUCCAAGAUGCAAUCCUCGCUCAACAAGCAAGCACUUCUGGAGUUCGAGUCGAUAACCAUGUUAUUCCGACACCCAAGGUGUUCCCGGUUGACCCUAAACGCUAUGACGAGAUAUAUCCGGUUCAACCUCCCCCUCCGAAGAACAGCCUCAUCAAAGUUCAAGCCUGGUUGGCUCUUGACAAAGAGGAAGCUGAGUACGACGUCGAUUCAGAGGACGAGCGCUGGCUCUCUGAGAGGCCACAUAUUGAUCCGAGGGCCUUAGAGCGAAUAUUUGAUACGCUUGAAGCAAAAUCAUCCGAUAAUAAUAUUUGCUUGCCUGAUACAGCGAGAUCGGCUCUUUUAGCGUUCGACGGCGCCGUCGUUGACGAUGUGUACGACUACUGGCUGUCGAAAAGAGGACAGAGCUCAGCCGUAAGGUCGCUGCAACUGGGUGUUGGAGGGUUAAUACCUCGCGUCAGAACGGAAUGUCGAAAGGACCAGCAAGGUGGAGUGAAUCCGUACGUAGCAUUUAGAAGACGGGCUGAGAAGAUGCAGACUCGAAAGAAUAGGAAGAAUGAUGAGGAUUCGUACGAAAAGGUACUCAAACUUGGGCACGAUCUCCGGAAAACUGUUACACUGUUCGAUAUGGUGAAGAGGAGAGAGAAGACCAAGAUUGCACUGAUAGAUCUUGAUUCGGAAAUUCUUGCUCACCGCAUGGGACUGCUCGAUUUUGGAUCAAAUAUUUAUAAUCAAUUUAUUGCCAAAAUCAGAGAGUCAACCAAGCUUUCAUCUAGUGGGGUUGCGAACGGUGUCGCAAAAUCAGAGGAUGAUGCUUUAUUGAAGAAAAAGGCAAAGCGACGGAAGAUUCGAACUGUUGCUGCUAGUGUUGAUCGUGAAGUUCCAAGCAAGGCAUGGCUGAAGAAGAAUGCCGAAGUUUGGAAUCGCCCUCCAUCUGUUUUCGCUCCGUCUGGUGUCUCACCGGUUGCUGAAGUUGAUCUGUCAGCUGCGUCUGAAGAGGAUCGUGAUGGUCCGUUUGUUUUCAAGCGAAGAAGGGGAUGUCUGUACCGAAGCCCGAUCCUUACGGAUAGCACUAAUCCGCCCGACGAUCAGUUGCAGAUACCUAAAUCGCGGCAUUUGUACGAGACGUACCUUCCUCGUUGCGACGGUGUCAUUCGUCGGAUCGGCUUGACGCGUCGAAGACUUGGAAGAGGAGGACGGGUGUUGUUUGACCGGUUUCAAUGUUGGGACGUCCCUCGCGUACCCAGCCCCAGUGAUCCAUUCUCAGAGGAUUUCCUUCGAGAUGACUCAGUGUCUUUCCGCGCUCGUCUUCGUCCUUGUCAGGAACAAAGCGAUGUGCGUCCCAAACGAUUUCCUUGCUGGAGCCGUUCCGCCGAAGAAGACUGUGAGCGACGGUGGUUGGCCAGUGGUGAUAACCCGCCUGAUGCCAAAAGUCCUGUGCAGGAUGUCGGCUCAGAUAGUAAUCACAUGCCCAUCACAAGCUUAUCAUCCGACCCUCCCGUUGUUACUCAGUCGGGAAACGGAUUAGCGGGCAGAGUGGACCCAUCGACCCUCAUUUCGACUAAGGAGUAUGGAGCUGUGCCAGCACCAGAUGAGUGGCGAGAGGCGAGUGGGUCGCCAUCGGAGUCGAAUUCCUCCACGGAUUGGGUUGCUCCGCCUAUGGCUACUCAGAUGUACCCCGCUUUGUCAAGUGAGGAGGAAGCCCGUACUGGUGAUCAUCCGAUUGCAAAGCAGCCACCUGUGAAUGUCAAAGGGUGUGUUAUUACACCUCGAAACCUUAUUGCUGAAACAACGAGUUUUGAUUUUCAUGUUAUGGUGUAG